UUUCAGAAACCAAAUACUUCAGAAUUAGAAGAAACAGCUGAAAGUACAGUUAAAGUUGAUUCUGAAGGUUUUAAAAUUCCACCAGUGCCUGGAAUGAAAGGUUCACAAAAUAAAAGUCCUAUUAAACAAGAAGAAGAAGUUGAAAUGGAACCAGAAAGAAAAAGACAAAAAUUGGAAACAGAACAAAAAUUACAUGGAGAAACAGUUCAUCAUGAUCCUAAAAAAGAUGAACGAACAAUAUUUUUAAGUAAUCUAUCUUAUGAUAUAGAUGAAGAACAAAUUCGAGAAGUAUUUAGUAAGAUGGGCGACAUUACUGAUUUAAGACUUGUUCGAGAUUACAAAGGUCGUUCUAAAGGUUAUUGUUAUUUAGAAUUUGCAACGGAG